AUGAGCACGAUGUGGCACACGGCUCAGCAUUUAGUCGACAGCCCCGCACCACUGGAAGAGCACCAAGUGUCCAACUUCUUCCAGGUCGUGCCGCCUACACCGCGGCAUGCACAGCACCAACAGGCUGUCAUGAACAACAUGAGGCACGCAUCAUCCCCCUUGUCGAACGGCACUCAUGGCGUCGUCUCGUCGUCUCCCCCAACGGCCGUCUCGACUGAAAAUCUGCUUCUCCAGCCGUCCGACUCGUAUGGUUUACGAAGUCAUCGAUCUUCCUUCUCGGUGGGAUCCAUUGACUCUCACAUAUCCAACGUGUCUGGCUUCUCGGGCCAAUGGUCUACGAUCAGUUCUUCCGAGAGCGUGGCGGAUUCAGACGAUGUCUCGACACGGCAUUCCUUUAGCAGACAGCGACACGGCAGGCAAGUGUCUUUAUCAAUCGAUCCAAAGCUUUUCCAACCUAAGGACAAGGGCUCUCAAGCUGGGUCUGAGACGGACGUGCUUGAUAGAGCCGUCGAUAUACCGGAUGAGAGCAAUGUUCCAACUGCCGUACCAGCCUCGAAGAAAGUGAAGACCAAACCUGCACCAAAGAAAAAGUCUGCCAGCAGUAUGACGGCCGAGGAGAGGAAGAAGGUCAGUCAUGCGAGGAAGCAACAACCUGAUCACAUCCCUCGGCCUCGAAACGCCUUUAUCCUGUUCCGAAAACACGUUGUGGACUCGAAGCUCAUCCCUGCGAGCGUCGAGAUGAGACAUCAGAAUGUCAGCAUUAUUACAGCCAAAAUGUGGAGCGAGGCUCCUCCAGCUCAGAAAUCUCACUUCAACGAACUUGCCAAGAAAGAAAAGGAAGAUCAUAUGCGAAAAUACCCCGGAUAUCGAUAUCAACCUGUCUAUCGCCGCACCAAUGUCAUUCGCCGACGGGUAAGGAAAGACGAAGCAGAGGAAGAGAAAUGUCGAUCAGUCGCGGAACUCCUGCUGAAGGGCAAAAGUGGAGAAGCGCUAGAGCAGGAGAUCAAGGAAAAGAUCCAGCGUGGCGAGCAUAUACCAACUCCAAAGAAAAUAAAAGCUCCAGCGAUCAAAGCGGACUCAGCAUCGGAGCUGUCGAAAGGUGCUCUUCGAGCACUGCGAGCACAAGCACGACACGAUUCUGUAGGUUCAGGGGACUGGUCUGACUUGGCUUCCCGUGCCAAUUCGCUUGAUCCCGAUGGAGAAGGCUUGACGAGAGCAAUCACGAGGGAACCGGGAGCAGAUGUAGACGGAUUCCAAGAUUACGACUUUGCCCGUGCUGCCGGACAUUUCGGGUUGGCCCAGGAUCCAGUGUACGGAUACUCGGAUGGCAUGGGGUAUGUACAUCCUGCUCUAGGUGGUGAAGGGUGGAAUUUUGGGCAGCCAGAGCGGAGUCAGAUGGAGGCAUUCGGUGAUUGGUCAACGGAAUACCCUGAUCAGAUUCCGGGGUAUGCGUACCCUCAGCCGCAGACACAGACAGACUAUCAAGCGUUCGAUGCCACCAUGCCGUUCUCAAACUUUGCUCAAGACAAUACUCAUUCAGGAUCUUCCGUCUCAUCAACUUCACAGCAUCUCGCAGGCCAAUUAUUGCCCGAUAUCAACAGCUCUCAAGGGAUGAUCAACAACAAGGUCUCGACCGACGUCUUCAUGCCUCAGGCUUUCCCAUCACCUACUUCUGUCUUAUAUCCCGGAAUCGGAACCAUGCCAAACAAUGCGAAUGGACCGACUGGCCGUCUUUCCGCAAGAUGGGAUAAUACCCAUUUCACCCUGCCUCCAUCCCAUGAUAUCUCAUUCGGAUCGAUAGGUAUGACUAUGGAUUCGAUCGACAUGAGUUUUCCAAUGCACAUGGGCAUGGGACUACCCAUCGGUGUAGUAGACGGCAGCGCAGGAAACGAUCAAGAUGCCAUGCUGAAUAAUUUCGGGGCUGCUCUAGCUCAGGCCGACGAGAUGGCGGAAGGUGAAUGGGAGCCAUAG